AUGAAGCUCAAAUUGACAAUCCUGCUUGCAUUGGUUGGUGCCGCAUUUGCUGCUCCAUCUGACCUUCGUCGUGGACAUCAUCAUCACCACCAUCAUGGCCACAAGACAAAGGCACCUCGUACCACAAAGGGAACUACCACAUUGACUCCACCGAUCACUACUGAAGUUCCGAUUGUCGCUUCUUCAUCUGCUCCUAUUGAUGCAUCAUCUAUUAAUCCAAUUAUUGUAUCAGAUGCACCAUCUUCAUUGGCUCCUCAACCAUCUGAUGAGCCAGCGUCAUCUGGAGCACCAAGUACAGCUGAACCAGUAGUCUCUUCCGAGGGACCGUCUUCAGCACCAGUUGAGCCAUCAGAGGAUCCGUCUUCAUCAGAGCCAGCCAGCUCAGCACAACCUUCUGAUGAGCCACAACCAUCCGGACCUCCAUCUCCUGGGCCUGUUGAUCCAUCCGACGAACCUCAACCAUCAGGGCCACCAAGUCCUCCAGAGCCAUCCGAGCAGCCGAAUCCAUCAGGACCUCCAUCGCCGGGACCAGUUGAUCCAUCUGAUGGACCACAGCCACCAAAUCCACCAGGCCCCCCGGGACCAUCUGAUGAACCAUCUCCAUCCGGACCACCGUCUCCUGGGCCUGUUGAACCAUCAGAGAAUCCGCAACCAUCUGGACCACCAGCCCCGUCAGACGAACCUGAGCCAUCUGUUGGCCCUUCUGAAGAACCUCAACCUUCUGGACCACCAUCGCCAGGACCAGUUAAACCAUCAGAAAAUCCACAACCAUCAGGCCCACCAAGCCCUCCAGUUCCAUCUGAUGAGCCCCAGCCAUCAGGACCACCGGCUCCAUCUGAUCAACCCGAGCCGUCGGUUGGCCCCUCCGCAGAACCACAACCGUCAGGACCACCUUCUCCGGGACCAGUAGAACCAUCAGAGAAUCCACAACCAUCCGGCCCUCCAGCACCAUCUGAUGAACCAGAACCAUCUGGACCACCAUCUCCGGGACCGGUCGAACCAUCUGAUGAGCCUUCUCCAUCUGGCCCACCGGCUCCAUCCGACGAACCAGAACCAUCCGUUGCCCCUUCUGAUGAACCCCAGCCAUCCGGACCUCCAUCUCCAGGACCAGUUGAACCAUCAGAAGAGCCUCAACCGUCUGCUGCCCCUUCUGAUGAACCCCAGCCAUCCGGUCCACCAAGUCCUCCAGGACCACCAGGACCCCCAACAAGACGCCCUGGCCCACCAACACGUCGUCCUCCACCACCACCUCCACCAACUCGUCGUCCACCUCCUCCACCACCAACCCGUCCACCAGGACCACCAGGACCACCACAUCAUCAUGGACAUGGACAUCAUCACGGACAUCAUCAUGGCCACCAUCAUGGACGUGGAUCAGCAGAGGAAGAAGUUCAAGUUUAA